UGGCCCGGUAUAAACGGUGACACCACUGCUUUCCCUCAAUACGUUUUUCUCGGAAGUCGUUUCCGUACAUUUACCGGCGACUUCUCCGGCCAUUUUCCCUUUUCGGCAUAAUCCGGCCGGCCAUCAACCUCUCUGGUCGUUUGGAAUAACUUCAUUGGGGUUUAGAUGAAUAUGUUCUUGAAACAGAAUGGCAGCAGGUGGUAGCACACAGCAAAGCUUAAGAAGAGCUAUUGGAGCUUUGAAGGACUCCACAAAAGUUGGACUAGCAAAAGUUAAUAGUGGCUACAAGGCGCUGGAUAUUGCUAUUGUUAAGGCCACAAACCAUGAUGAAGUUUUGGCAAAGGAGAAGCAUAUAAGAACUAUCUUCAGUGCACUUUCAUCCUCAACACCUAGGGCUGAUGUUGCUUAUUGCAUACAAGCUCUUGCUAAGCGUCUUGCCAAAACACAAAAUUGGGCUGUUGCAUUGAAAACUUUAAUUGUUAUGCAUCGGGCAAUGAGGGAGAUUGAUUCUACGUUUCGUGAAGAGUUUAUUAAUUAUAGCCAGAACAGAGCCCUUAUGCUGAACCUAUCUCAUUUCAAGGAUGAUUCGGGUCCCAAUGCAUGGAAUUAUUCUGCAUGGGUUCGUACGUAUGCUUUAUAUCUGGAAGAGCAUCUGGAAUGUUUCCGUUUGCUGAAAUAUGACAUUCAGACAUAUCACUCGAGGACUAGGGAGCUUGAUACACCAGACUUGCUUGAGCAAUUACCUGCUUUGCAACAACUUCUAUUUCGCCUGCUUGCUUGCCAGCCAGAGGGGGCAGCAGUCUAUAAUAAAUUGAUCCAAUAUGCCCUUUCAAUUCUUGCAGGUGAAUGUGUUAAGCUCUAUGGUGCAAUUACUAAUGGAAUUCUCAAUUUGGUUGAUAAGUAUUUUGAGAUGCAAAAGCAUGAUGCUGUCAGGGCACUAGAAAUUUAUCAGAAGGCAGGGAAUCAGGCAGAGAAGUUAUCUGAGUUCUUUGAGAUCUGCAGAGGCCUUGAUUUUGGACGAGUGCAGUUUGUUAAAAUUGAGCAGCCUCCUGCCACAUUUAUGACAGCCAUGGAAGAAUAUGUGAAAGAUACUCCAUGCACUUUAGCGUGUCAACCAAUAACUUACCCGACUAAUGAUGUGAAAGUUAAUUUGAAAAAAAAUGCUAUUCGUGAAGAUAAUCGGGUGAGUGAUCAAAAACAAGAUUUUGAUGUUGAAGAAAUAUUAGAUCCAUCUUUGACAUCACCUGAACCCCCAAGGAGUGACCAAAUUGAGGCUGCAGCCAAGCUGCAGGUUACUGAGCUUCUGGAUUUGGAUGAGUUAAUCCAGGAAGCAUCUGAAUUGGAUGAAAAAAAUGCCCUUGGAGUUGCAAUUUUUACAUCAGAAAAUCCAUCAAAUUCUGCAAAUGGACUGAAUCUGUCAUGUCAAACUACUGGCUGGGAGCUUGCCCUUGUUACAGCCCCAAGCUCUAGUGGAGCUGCAGUCGCAGAGAGUAAAUUGGCUGGUGGGAUGGACAAAUUGACACUGGACAGCCUAUAUGAUGAUGCAAUUGCAGGAAGAGCAAGUCAGAACAGGACCUACCAUAUGGGGCAACUCGGCUCUAAUCCUUUUGAGUUGGCAAAUAGUACCCGAGAUCCGUUCUAUGCUUCCAGCAACAUAGCACCCUUAACAAAUGUGGAAAUGGCAGGCAUUACCCAACAAGAGGAGGGUUUGAUGAUGCAGCAGCAACAAUAUCGGCAACCCUUGAUUGGUGAGGAUCCCACCAAUCCCUUUGGGAAUCCAUUUGUUGAACCGGGAAUCCCAUCCCAUUUUAAGUAAGUUGCAGUGUAUAUAAUAACAUAUCAGAGAGUGGUAGAUACUGGGGCAGCGUCAGUUGAAGAGGCAUUAAGGCUAUAUUUUGGGACUUCUCUCUUGAACUUUGCCUGGUGCUUUUGUUCAGGUCUGCUGCUUGUAUUCCCCACAGUUUGACAGUAGUCCACAUGGAGGGAUACAUGUGGACGUUUGGGUCUUUUUUGCCAUGCCACAUCAUUGAGGUGAUGUUUGUGGUGUGCAUGGGAACGUCUUUGCUGUUUCCGUCGUCCACCAUUGAUGGACAAUAGAUGGGAUAACAAAAUGGAUCACUCUACCA